AAGGAAAGAGGAGCAUGCUAUGCCCUAGCUAUGCUUUCGGACGAACAGAAAACAAAUGGUGUGAUUUCGGCCUCUCUUGGCAACCAUGCACAAGCAUUAAGUUAUCACGCUAAAAAACAAGGAAUUCCAUGCACUGUAGUAAUGCCUACUGCAGCACCUAUUAUGAAAAUUCAAAAAUGCAGAAACUAUGGUGCCAAUGUUAUAGUUCAUGGUAAUGAUAUGGGAGAGGCUAAAAAAUUAGCGAUGCGUUUGGCUCAUGAAGAAAAGCUUACUUACGUUAACGGGUAUGAUCAUCCGCAUAUAAUGUCUGGUCAAGGUACGUUAGGCCUUGAGGUUUGUGAGCAAGUUGGUGAAGCAGAUGCUGUCGUCGUACCAGUAGGAGGUGGGGGCCUCAUUGCGGGUGUCGCAGUUGCUAUCAAACAGCUGUAUCCAAAGUGCAAAAUAAUUGGUGUAGAGUCUGAAAAAUGUCCCAGUUUUUCGCGUGCUUUGAAAAAUGGUGGUCCAGUGCAUACCCCUAUUUUACCUACAUUGGCAGAUGGAUUGGCUGUCCCAACUGUUGGUUAUAAUGCUUAUGCGACUGCUAAGCCAUUAAUAGACAAAAUGAUUGUUGUGCGUGAAGAAUGGAUAGCAUUAGCCAUCCUGCGCUUAGUGGAAUUAGAAAAAUGUGUUGUGGAAGGUGCAGGUGGAGCAGGACUUGCUGCAAUUAUGUCUGGACAUAUGAAUGAAUUUAAAGGCAAAAAAGUAGUUUUGUUCCUGUGCGGAGGAAACAUUGAUACAACGAUAUUAGGAAGGUGCCUUGAAAGAGGAUUAGCUGCCGAAGGAAGACUUUUAAGAUUUACAGUUACUGUGAGCGAUCGUCCUGGUGGCAUAGCAGAACUAUGUCGUAUGUUAGCAGAUCUUGGCGUCUCUAUAAAAGAUAUCAUGCACGAACGAGCUUGGAUAAGAUCUGACGUCUUUAGUGUUGAAGUCAAAGUGGUCUGCGAAACUCGUGACUGGAAUCACUCGGAGGAAUUGAGAAAAUCACUUAUUAAUAACUACACUAGGGUGAUAUUUAACGACUUGCCCAUGGCUAUUACUGGUCCAACACACGAAAAUAUUUAG